UUCCGCUUCUGACGGACUUCACAAAGACGAUGUCUCAAGUCCCCGACGCCUCCAACGGCAACGAUCGUAACAAGAAACCGCAAGAAGAAGAAGAAUUAAAGAUAAGCUUCGCCGACAUCCCAUCCGACAUCACCGAGCACUGCCUCGCACUCACCAGAAGAUGCCACUACCCGAACCUCUCCCUCGCCUCCAAAGACCUCCACCGCAUCCUCCGCACACCAGAGCUCUACGAGACGCGCACCACCCUCGGCGUCACCGAACCCAUCCUCUACGCCUCCAUCGGGUUCCCUCCUUUCGAGAGCCCGAGCUGGUACACUCUCCAUGCCGAUGACCACGUUUCUUCACGCCACCUACGCAAGAUCGCGUCGCUCCCUUCCCGGCUCCUUAGCGCCGUCGCCGCCGUCGGAACGGAGAUGUACGUGAUCGGAGGAAGCGUCGGCGGGAAAGCCACGUCGGACGUGGAUCUCAUCGACUUCAGGUUCCACACGAGCCGCUCGCUCCCGAGCAUGAAGAGGACCCGCAGCCGCGCGGUGGCCGGAGCUAUAGACGGGAAGGUUUACGUCAUCGGAGGUUGCAGGAAGAAGUCUGACGAUUGGGUCGAAGCUUUCGACGUCAAGACUCAGACGUGGCGUGAGAUGCCAGGUGUCUUGCCACGUGCUCACUGGGAAGGACAGUUCGUGACGAGCGCUGUUAUGGACGACAAGAUCUUCGUUUUGGACCCGAGUACUUGUUUGGUUUUCGAUCCCAAAGUUGGGGUUUUGGUUGAGUGGGAAGAUGGAGGUGAGCUUAUGAGUCUGUGGCAAGCGUCGUCGUGCGUGGUUGAUGAUAUGUUGUAUAGCGUUGAUCCUGGGCGGUCUCUUAAGUAUCCGAUAGUUGUGUAUGAUCCGAAGGGGGAGGUGAAGAGGUGGAGACCGGUUUACGGUGUGCAUUGGGGGAGAGAUUGGCCGUCUUUUAGCUCUUAUUACGACUCUAAAAUGGCGAAUCUUGGUGGGAAGUUGAUGAUUCUGGUCUGUAAUAAACCCUGGUCUUGCUUUCAGUACGGGAGAAAAGAGGUUUGGUGCGUGGAGAUCGGUUUGGAAAGACACGGAGAUGAGAUGUUUGGGCGUGUGGAAUCGACUAAGCUGGUGCUUGUGUCCGAGAUGUGGCCUUCCAUUGAGCUUUCUCGAACUGUUACUCUUUGAUGAUGCAGGUGAAGGAUCUCCUUUUUUUUUAUUGCAUCUACAGUUUAAGCAGCUUGUUGAUGUGAUGAGAGCAAAAUAUAUAUGAAGCAAAGUGUCUGUCAUCUGAAACCCCAAGUGUGCCAUUCUUUUUAGCUGCCUUUGUAAAUGGAUAAUUCUUGUUGAAAUGCUUAUUUGGUCAUCUGUGUGUUUUACAUAUACAAUAACUCCUCUGCGAGUAAUUACAAUCAGACAAUUUACAAAGGCUAU